AUGAUAUCGAACGCAAAAGCGAUCCACUGCAUCGUGGACGACACAGCGCUUAUUACAAACCUUGACGAAGUCGAGGCUUGGGUGCAGAGCGGUGCUAUUGCCUUGGUCGUCCCGCUACACACACUCGAACGAUUGCACUUACUCAAAAAGGAUGCCUCACAACUUGGACAGAAUGCGCGGAAGGCAGUCAAAUUCCUCGAUCACGUUUCCUCUACCGCAGACCUCCCAGGAGAGCCAGUUAUAAUCCAAGGCCCAGACGACCAAUAUGUGAACUGGACGGACCUUGAGCACCGCUAUACGGACUCGAUUGUGCAAUCGCCUGAUGUCGAAGUGACGAACAAAGAACAAGAUGUUGCGCCUGUCGCUGAGCAGAAACCUCAAAAGCACAACGAUUCGCCUGAGAAAAUGAUCAACGAUCUCAGUCUCUCAUCGGACGACAUCAAAACCUCGCCAGUAUCAACGCCUCCCUUGUCUCCCUCUUCUUCAGAACCACAGAGUGCCAAGACGAGCCCCGAAGUACGAUGCGCAAAAAUAGCGAAACAAGAUGCGACCCCUAUCCCACCAGCGCUGAAAGCACUGAUCAAUUUUGUUGUCUGGUAUACAUACGAACGCAAUACAGGAAAAGACAAUGAAACCACGUUCUUGACAAACUCUGCUGAUGCUGCGCAAAUAGCCAAGGACUUCAACGUUACUCCAAAGACAAUCCACCAAUUAAGGGCAAGCAUCCCAACUGAGCAGGAGCUAGCCUCAACUUUUGAAAGCCAGAUCAAAACUAAGAAGCGAGGUUCGCAUCGUACUUUGAGCUCCAGAGAUGACUCAGAACCGAAGACCUUAUUUCGUUAUGAGGAUGGUUCUAGCGAAGACGAGGAGCUCAUCUUCAAGCCCCGUGCCAGAGAACUUCCCCGACCACUGUCUUCGGCGGGCAGACCUAAUACCAAAGCUCCAGCUCGAGGUCGAGGAGCACUGCACUCUCCGUCCAACUCAAUAAACGCGUCAACUUUACCUAAACCACAAGUUCCUGUAGAGGAGAUUGACCCAGAUUCCUUCGACCGUGGUAUAUUUGCACGUGGUAGUACUCCUCUUGCAAAUGUCGGGAACCACUACGGUCAACCAAACAAUACUUCUCCAGCCUUUGCGAGGGGUGGCCACCGCAAUUUCAGUUCUCCCAUGUCACGUGGUGGACAUCGUGGUGGUACUCUACGAGGACGUGGUCGGGGCAGGUUAUUUGUGCCAUAA